AUUAAAAGUCUGCGUCUUUGGAAAGAUGCGUUACUGACUACGUUAGGUGUUAAGUUUGGUUUCCACCUUCGCUUAGAAUUCAUGUUAACCUAUACCACUGAAGCUUCUGGAGAACGUGAAGAAACAUCUUUAAAGUGGGCCAAAUUACUUUCCGUGCAUGAUUCAUUCAUGCAUGAACUUUCUCAGGAAGUAAUUACUAUCGGAUCAUCUGAAGGUCCUUUUUUCUUCUUUUUAAUUAUUUGAAAUAAUUUUGUAUUCGUUAUUCAGAAUGUUUGAUUGUUAUAAAACAUGAAGAAGUUUCAAGUUCACAUUGCCUUUUGAUGAAAGAUCCAGACGAUGUCAUGUGGUUGUACGAUUGUAGCAAGACUGGGACACGUUGUAAUGAUGGCAAGUGGCUACAGCAAGAUUGUGUCACGCUCCACACUGGUGACUAUUUCUACCUUUUAUGGGAUGAAGUAGAUGUGACUAAGCGAGUUGGAUUCUGCGUUCUUUUUGUUGAUGAUCUUAAACUUUUGGCUUCCUCUGGUGAGUCUGGUAAGACCAAAACUACGGAACUACCGUUACAACCAUCAUCAUCACAGUUUAUGAAGCCAUCAACAUCAACUGAUGAUACUGAUUUAGAAAAUUGCUUAACAUGUGUUAUUUGUGGAGAUAUCUAUUUUGAGUGUUGUAGUGUUCAACCGUGUUUACACAGUUUCUGCACACUCUGUUGGUUGAAAUGUAAAAGAUAUGAAUGUCCAAUGUGUCGUAAAUCAGUGUCAGCGUAUGCUAAAAAUCACCAAUUAAAUAAUUUAGUUGAUGUAUUCCUUCGUAAACAUCCAGAAAAGUUAAAAUCUGAAUCCGAACAAAAUGACAUAAAGCAAGAAAUUGCCAGAUUAACACGCCUUCCAAAUCACACUCGUCGAUACAAUAGUCGAACUAGAAGGAAUAGAGAGAGAAUUACUCUUACUGGUGGUGACUAUGGUUUACUGAGCAGUUCUUCUGGCGUCUUUCCUGUUGUUCCGACCAUCACUACCACCGCAACAACUCGCAGUGUUUCUACUGGUCCGAUAAUUAUGCCCACUUCUUCACCAAUGAGUGCUGGUUGUGUUAUAUGCUCAUGGUUACCACCAUCAUAUGACCUUCGUGGCAAUAGUAUGACAAGUAUUAGUGGCAUUACUCUUGGCAACCGUGGUCCAAGGAUUGAAGAAUGUUCAGCGCAUUGUUAUUGUACAUGUUGUAAUAGACCAAUGCCUAGUCGAACAACAACAAUUUCACAACUACAUAGCAUAAAUCGAACAGAAUGUGAAGUGUGCCGGCGUACAUUUUGUUCUUUAAUCAAUCCAUAUGGAUGUUCAACAUGUGAUGGUUAUUGUUUAUCUCGUGUACAAGAUUUGACUAGAUACAAUUCAAUACCUCGUAAUUUAUUAUUGAAUAAUCGUAUAGAAACAAGGAUUCUUGAUGAUUAUCUUACUUCUCAGGGUAUUUCAAUUCCAACAUUUAUCAAUCAUUGUUUAACAUUUUAUAUUAAUACAACAUCAAUUUAUUCAUCAUGUAUAUUAGAUAGAAAUUCAUUAAUUUGUAAAAAUUGUAGUGAACGUUUACUUAGUCAAUUAGCUUAUCAAUAUCGUUUAUCUAUAUGUCCAAAUGAAUUACCAACUGAUGUAAUUAUUAAACCAAAUUGUUAUUAUGGACAAUAUUGUCGUUAUCAAAGUUAUAAUUAUAAUCAUGCUAGACGUUUUAAUCAUAUUUGUGAAAGAUCAAUUUAAUUAUAUUUUAUUUUAUUUUCAUUUUAUUUAAUGAUAUUCUUUCAUAUCCCCUUCUUUUAAAAGAAGGGAGAUGAAUACUACUUUUUUGCCAAUAAGUAGUCAUUAGUAGUAUAUACAGCUUCUUUUUGUUGUUGUUGUUGUUAUUAUUAUUGAUUUAUUAAUCUAUAUGACAAUCUCUAAUAUAUUUUAUUGAAGAUUUCUGCAUUUACCUUAUAGAAAUUGUUCUAUUUUGUUGUGUUUAAAAGUGAUAGAGACUAAUUAUACAAUUACCUUUUUUGUUUUUUUUCUCUUUUGCUUAUUUUUCUUUCCCCUUGAGAAAAAAUUUUUUUUUUCAAAUCAGAAUUGUUAAAAUUUCUAUUAAAUAAAUUGAAUAUUCAUCAUAA